AUGCGUUUCGAAACUUUCAAAGAAGCAAAGGACUUCUACAACGUCUAUGCAAAGCACGCGGGUUUUGCUGUCAGGGAAGGCUCAAAGGUUAAGACCAGAGUCUACCUUUAUUGCAUGUGCUAUGGAGUCUAUGAGUCGAAGGUGUUAGAAGCAAAUAGACAGUGGAACAAGACGACAACCAGGACUAACUGCGAGGCUAAAAUGAGGUUGAAGAGGGAAAAGGAUGGAACACUUGUCGUAAAAGAGAUAGUCUGGGAACACAACCACAGGCUACAGCUCACCCCACAAAUGCUUGUCUUCUUGCACUCCCACAAAAACUUUGACAAAACAAUCUUGGAGUACGUCAAGUACAUGCAGUUCAAAGGCAUUGAACACGCGCAAAUCAUGAGCAUACUGGGCGGCGAUGACCCCGCAAAUUCAAGGAUGGAUGAUGUGGACGAUGUCCUAAAGACUGUCAACUUCUUCAGGGAGAUGAAAGCUAUAAACAGGGAAUUCUUCUGUGACAUGCAACUUGAUGAGUCCGACAGAGUUAAGAACAUAUUCUGGGCGAACGCAAGCUACCGAGGGGCGUAUCAGGACUUUGGUGACUGCGUAACGUUUGACACCACAUAUAAGACCAACAAGUACCAUAUGCCACUUGGGGUGUUUGUGGGUACUAACAACCACUUACAGACUACAUUCUUUGGUUUCGCCCUGACAAGAAAUGAGGAUGCAGAUUCAUUCAGAUGGCUGUUCAAGACAUUUUUAAGGUGCAUGAGAGGGAAGGCUCCUACAUGCAUCAUCACAGACCAGUGCCCGACAAUGGCUUUGGCGAUCCGAGAUGCUUUCAAGAACACAGUACACAAGCUGUGCCGCUGGCACAUUAUGAAGAAGUACAGGGAACACCUCGCAUUCCUGUACAACCUGCACAAAGACUUUAAGGAUGAAUUCACAUCAAUCCUCAACUGGCCCCUCAUGCCAACUGAGUUUGAGGCUGCCUGGGAAGGACUCAUGGAUAGGUACAACCUCCAUGAUGAUGCCACGAUGGUGGCCAUGUGGAACGAGCGUGAGAGAUGGAUAUCAGCCUACUUCAAAGAAAUUUUCUGCGCCAAAAUGACAUCCACACAACGAAGUGAGAGCAUGAACUAUGUGCUUAAGAGGAACUAUCGAGAUCAGAAAAGGCUAAAACUGAGCACACUCUUCACGGCGACAGAGACGAAAGAGCCCACAAAGUACCUCGUGCGCUACAACAACCCGCAAAAACUGUCUGCGUGGUCUCAGCACGCGUUCCAGGUGGUUGCAGACCCUGUGGGAGAAAUAUAUGAAUGCGAGUGCAAGCUAUGGGACCACACAGGUAUUUUCUGCGUGCAUGUCCUGUGCAUGAUGCAGAAAAUUAAGGCUGCCAGCGUUCCAGAGAAAUACAUCCUCAGGAGAUACACCAAACGCCCGAACAUCCAGCCAACAUUCGACAGAAAUGACUUGAGGACAGUAGCGUCAAACAAGGCCUCCCAAUACUGA